AUGAACUUGGCAAUACCGCUGAGAUUCAAGAGUGCCAAGAUACCACCGUACGACGAAAGUCAAGACCCGGAGGCCCAUUUAGAGGCUUUCAAGACCGAGAUGUUGUUCAACGGGAUCACUGGACCUAUUAAGGCCAGAAUCUUCGCGACGACCUUGACAGGUCAGGCAAUAGCUUGGAUAACCAGGCUCCUUAGGAACUCGAUCGACUCGUUCAAGGACCUAGCCCGGACUUUCCGACUAAACUUUGCAACAAGCAAAGCACAUCCAAUGCCGGCCUACGCUCUGGGAAGAAUCCGGCAAAAGGAGAAUGAAUCGUUGAGGAAAUACCUCGACCGGUUCAAGGAUGCCGCCCUCAAGGUUCGGAGCCUAACUGAAGCAGUGCACCUCCACCUAAUCAUCUCGGGAUUAGAUGGCGACUCUCCACUUGCGAAGUCCAUCUAUAAGAACCCGGUCAAUGAUCUGGAAGAGUUCCGACAAAGGUCGGAUAAAUACAUUGAUGUGGAAGACAUGCAAAAAGUCUACGUGGAGUCCCGAGGACGCAGUCCGACACGACGAAGCCCGAGUAAGAAAAACAACAAAGACCGGGACCAGCGGGGAUCGAAGAAAUCGAAGGACACUCGUGAUAAGAGGUCGGAAGAUCGGUCUCCAAGGAGGAAAUAUGAUGAUUACACGCCCUUGAACAUGUCCAGAUCUCGGAUAUGGAAAGAGGUAGCCCAGACUGAAAUGCGCAAUGUCGAGAGACCUCGACCCCUCAAAGCCAAGAGUGGAUUGGAUAGAAACAAGUACUGCGCCUUCCAUGACCAGAACGGCCAUAUCACGGAUGACUGCUGGGACCUCCGAGAUGCCAUCGAAAAACACAUCAGAGAGGGAAAAUUAAAGCAGUACAUCAUUCGAAUCAGGGCAAGAAGAAUAAUAAGCGAAGGCAGAGAAGCCGGAGCCGAAGUCGAAGCCUGA